UAAACGACUGCAGCGUCACCUGACGAUUAAAACUAGCAAAGGUAUUUUUUUGUUUUAAAGCUACGCGGUAAAUUUGAAUGAUUCUCUCAAUUUUUACAUUAAAAUGUGAUAAGUGCGAAUUUACUUUCAAUAAUAUUCAUUGCUAGCUUCAGUAAUUAGCGCCUGGAAGUCAAAAAUGUGGUGAUUUUAGCGUCAAAACCAUGAUUGACGAAGAAGCCCAAUAUGACGCCCUUCUGGGGGGCUCCGAGGAGCUCCCUUCGAACAUCUCCUUAUCGAAAUUCGUGGCUUGCCGCAGCCAAGAAAUCCAAAUCAUGAAAAACUCCCUCCUGACCCAAACCGGCUCAAAACUGGCCUUCCAAACUCUACCGAAACACAUGAGACGCCGGGCAAUGUCCCACAACGUCAAAAGACUACCACGGCGUCUCCGCCAAAUCCAUUUAAACCAAAUGAAAAAAUCCGGAAUGCCAACGCAACAGAAGCGCCCCUCUCGCAAAUACCGCCGAAAACCGCGAAACCUCCUCGAAGAAUACACCAAAAGGGCCAAUAAGAAGUACAAAUGGUUGCAAACCCACAUCUGGCACGCGAAACGGUUCCACAUGGUGGAGAAAUGGGGCUACAAGUUGCCAUACCACGCUUGUGAUAAGGCCUUCCGUGCCUGCUACAGGGCAAUGACCCAACAUUGCCUCUUACAGGACAUUUCCUACUACAGUUGUGUGGAAAUCCACGGCGAUAAAAGCGAAAUUAUUGAAAAAAUUAAACUCCUGUGUAAGCCAGGCGAGGGUUUAAGUAUUGGGGCGAAAGCCUUUUCUGAGGGUAACCGCGAGGGUGAAAUCUGUCUCUAUGAUUCGUUCCAAAAAGCCAUCGGGAACGUCAUGUUCCAGUGGCAACCCUCUAUUGACGAAAAAUGUAAAUUGUGGUUGUGGGUUCAUGCCGCUUUUUAUUCAACCACGAAAAACACACUAGUUGAGUGUUUUAAAAACUGCCAGAUCGAAAUAAACGAACUUAGACUUGAGUUGAGCAGAUUUAGACUCAGUGGGCCUUUAUCUAAUCCAGUUCUUCAAGAUGCGCUUGCUUUGAUCGACAUUUAUGAUAUUAAAUUAGUACCAGAGUCGCCUCUUAAAAAAUACAUUGAUUGGCCGGAGAAUAAAGCAGUGAUUAUAAAUCAGUGCGAGUUUUGGAAAAAACUAGCCUCGGUGGCAUCCCUACAUGAGGUUUCCCCCCACAUCGUGUUACCCUUGAUUGUGAAAGACCCCCGAUUGAAUCUUCCAAAAAAGCGCAUAAAAAGUGUUUUAACUUUCGGGAAAUUGGAAUUUGAUCAAAUUCCUGUGAACAUUUCCGCGAAUCCUUUAUGGGACAAGACCAUCAGAACGUACUCAAAUGAAAAUAAAGUGUCUGACUCAAAAAUUGUUGACUUGCAAAGUGGUUUACUAGUCCCGGGGUCUGAUUUAAAAGGGACCAUUGGCCACAUUCCAAUUAUCCUGAUCCAAAGGCCAGGGAAUAAAACCCAGAACGUUGGUUUAGGGAGUGGAUGGGAUGUCAUCCUACCAACGGCUUGGGCCAAACCGUUUUGGAUUGCCUUCGUUAUGAGGGGAGCAAGGGUUGGGGGUUUGAGGGAAUCAGACUCAAUGCUUUACGAAAUGGGAAAGUCACAGUUGCUUCACCCGGACACGGACGCAGGUUUUGAGGAAGAACUGAGACAUUCAAACCAGCACAGGGUUACGUUUUUCCAAAAACCUCCAAAUAAACGAAUCAAUUACAGUAAAUUUAAAAUCGCAAGUCCUUUGCUUUGCAAUUGGAGGCUUUUGCUCAAGGACUGGAACAGUGGCUUUACGGGCGAAUUUUCAGUCCUCAGGGACAAAAAACAGCUUCAUUCGAUUAAUGCUUUUCUCAAUUCUAAGACACACCCGGUGCCACAGUGCCCCCAAAAUUGCCUCAUUCCUGUUAGACUUGAGUGUGAGAAGCGGGGCUCACUGGCCGAGUAUGCCAUUAUUUGUGUCCCGAAAUGUAAGAGUGAUUUGAGCGAAGUUUUGUUGGAACCGAAUUGCGAGGAUGUAAAUAAGGAAAAGCGGAAGGAAUUGAGACGUGCACAUCAAAGUUUGUUGAAAAAAUUGCGGAAGAAACGCAAAUUAAAGUCGGAGCUUGCGUCGGAUGAUCACAGUGAGAUUUUACGCAGUUAUACGGAGAAAAUGAGAGCGCUGUGGCUUCCUGAGCCAACUACCAUAAGGCAUUCGUGUAGCAGAGAAGUUGUAGGUUUUGUUUCGAAAGGCGGUUUUAGUUUUUCGAUUGGGAAAAGCGCAGGGACGGGUUAUAUAACUAGCGAUUGUUUAUCGGAGUUGGUUGAUUUUAGAAAUAAGGUUUUGUUGAGGAAUACUAAUUCUCGGCAAUAUAAAACUGCGAAUUUAAGCGUCAUUGUAGAGUGACUGGCUGAAUAUAAAUUUAUUACAGGAAAA